AUGGCGGCCACGGCAGAUCCGCGGGCGAAGCCUCCGGCAGCGGCGCCGCACCACCUCGCCGAGCCGUGGGCGCAUCAGGCCGCCUCACCAGCCGCUGCCCACCGCAGCAUGCCCGUCGUAGCCUCGGCCGCGGCCGCGGGCGGCGGCGGCUGUGGCGCCCGCGAUCGGCGCCGGUCGUCGUCGUCCCACCGCCGGAGCCAGACCGUCGGGGACGACAAGUCGUACGACGGUGGGAUCGAGGCGCUCCGUGCCAAGCUCAUGGGCCACCUGCGCGACGCCGCGGACCGGCUCCGCGUGCCCCAGCCUAGCAGGAGCACCGCCGCCUCGCUGCCGCCUGCUCCUCGGCCUCCGCCGCCGAAGGCGGCUGCCGCGAGCCCGCCGCGGCCCGGGACGGACUCCAAGACCGAGACCGAGCUCCGGGCGCCACCUCCGCCUCCUCCCGCACCUGCGCCCCCGCAAGCGGACGCUGUCGCGACGGCGACCGCGACCGCGAGGCCGUGGAACCUGCGGGAGCGCACGCGUCGGCGCCCCGCCGCCGCCAGGUCGUGGGCCGCGUCGCCGUCCCCGCCUCCUCCUCUGUCGUCGCGGAGGCGGCGCAAGCGCGCCCCGUUCUCCGUGUCCCUGACGGCGGAGGAGAUCGAGGAGGACAUCUACGCGCUGACCGGCGCCCGGCCGCGGCGGCGGCCCCGGAAGCGGCCGCGCGCCGUGCAGCGGCAUGUCGAUUCGCUGUUCCCGGGGCUGUGGCUGACCGAGAUCACCGCCGACGCGUACCGAGUGCCGGACGAGUAG